GUAACAUAAAUUAGCGUUAAUCGUGUUCUCGAUGGAGUGGACGUGUUGCAUAUAGGCGUCCUUUGCCUUUGCUCUGUGUGUGUGUGUGUGUGUGUGUGUCUGUGGAAGAGAGAGAGAGAUGCGACAGGGGAAGGCGCGGCAGGGAUUACAAAUAGGCUUGGUGCGCAGUUUCGGCUCCAGCCACUUGCAAUCCAUUCACUCCCAGCAAGCAAACCAGCAGCAGGAGACAGCAACUCCUGAUAACACAACAGCACACACUCACACACACAGAGACCUACUGACGGGAUCUAUGGCGAACUACAGCCAUGCACCUACUGGGAGCAGCGAGAACCUUUUGGAAAAUGUGUCUCCUCUGGCGACAUUCUUCAAGCUGACAUCCCUGGGUUUCACCAUCGGGGUCGGCGUGUUGGGAAACCUACUCAUCUCCUUCCUCCUGAUCAAAGACAAAACCCUCCACCGGGCUCCCUAUUACUUCCUGCUGGACCUCUGCUCCUCGGAUAUCAUCCGCUCGGCGGUUUGCUUCCCGUUCGUCUUUCUCUCGGUGAAGAACGGUUCGUCCUGGCCCUACGGCUCGCUGAGCUGCAAAGUGGUCGCCUUCGUCGGCGUGCUGUCCUGCUUCCACGCCGUCUUCAUGCUCUUCUGUGUGAGUGUGACCCGCUACAUCGCCAUCGCCCACCACCGCUUCUACUCCAAGAGGCUGACUUUCUGGACGUGCCUGGCGGUCAUCUGCAUGGUGUGGACCCUGUCGGUGGCCAUGGCUUUCCCGCCGGUCUUCGACGUGGGCACCUACACCUUCAUCCGGGAGGAGGAGCAGUGCAUCUUCGAGCACAGGUACUUCAAAGUGAACGACUCGCUGGGCUUCAUGCUCAUGUUCGCGGUGAUCGUCCUGGCCACGCACAUUGUCUACCUGAAGCUGAUCUUCUUCGUCUACGACCGGCGUAAGAUGAAGCCCGUCCAGCUGGUGCCCGCCGUCAGCCAAAACUGGACUUUCCACGGGCCCGGGGCCACUGGGCAGGCGGCGGCCAACUGGAUCGCUGGCUUCGGCCGGGGACCUACCCCUCCUACCCUGCUGGGCAUCAGGCAAAACCCCCAGGGCCAGGGCAUGAGGAGGAGGCUGCUGGUCAUGGACGAGUUCAAAACCGAGAAGAGAAUAGGCAGGAUGUUCUACCUGAUCACCUUCUUCUUCGUGGCCCUCUGGUGCCCAUACCUGGUCGCAUGUUACUGGCGUGUUUUUGUGAAGGGCCCCGCUGUUCCCCGGGGUUACCUGACCGCUGCGGUCUGGAUGACUUUUGUCCAGGCUGGGGUCAACCCUUUCAUCUGCAUCUUCUCCAACCGGGAGCUAAGACGUUGUUUCAGCACCAACAUCCUUUAUUGUCGAAAAUCUAGGUUACCGCGGGAACCUUACUGCGUUAUAUGACUAUUUGUGUCUGUUUAUGUCUGAGAUUUAAGCGAUGGAAAUUCUACCAGGCAACAGAUGAAACAGCAGUUGUGGGCUGCAACAGUGGAGUGCCCUCUGAUGUUCACCAAGCGAUGGAUCAACCCUUGGCAGAAUGGUCCUUAAUUUAUUUCUGCUGCUCGUGUUUUAACGUUGAAGGUGUUUUCAAUACAAUUUACAAAAGAAAAUAAUACUAUUACUGUAAAGUCUGCACAUUAUCUUACAUUUGGCUUUGUUUCUGAAGUAACCAAUGUAGAAAUCAUAGACUACAACCUUAGAACAUAUAUUGAGAGCAUUAGACUCCUUUUGUAUUUUUUAAAACAAAAUCUUUUGAAUCGAUUAAUUAACAUCUGACUAGAGAGAUUUACAAUUUUUUUGAGUUAAUCUAAGGUGACAGAAUACACAUCAAUUGACUGUUGGAAAUGCAUGAAAGAGUUAGCAUUUGAAUAUUGUACAAAUUAGUCCCUUCAACUUUCCCUUAAGCCCCACAACUUGGUUCUGGUUGAUUCACAUUAGGUCUCGGUGUCUGCACCCUUAAUAAAUGUUUAUUUCUGUUGCCCAAUCACAUUUCUACAGAACUGCACACAGUGGAUGUCUGUUCCUGUGUUAGUAGACUGCUGUCUUGCUCAGAACAGAACAAGUUAAUAUCAGACCUUUCAAAAUGUGUGAAAUGUUUAUUCUAUGGAUCAUAUUGUUUACAAUAUUUUUGUUUACUUCUGUCUUUCAUACCCUAACUGUGAGUUUCUUGUCCUUUUUGUAAUCAUUUCCUGUGAUACCUAAAAAUGUGACAUGAUGUGAGUGGUUUCCUUACUGCUAGGAGGUUGAGGUAUGUACAAAAUGAAAUACAUCUACAUCUGGCAAAAUAAUUGUGUGGGAUCUCAUUAACAUUUUGGAUAUAAAAUGUAUAUCACAGUACAAUUCCCAAUUUACAUAAGUUCAAUUGUGCUUUCUUGAAAUUGAAAAUAAUUAUUUUUAGAAGUCCAAGUAUGCACUGAAUUUCAACAUGGAUACUUUGUAAUUAGUCUAAAAGGUUAACAUCUGAUGUAGUAAAUUGACUGAUGGGAAGCAUAAGAUUGAUUGAAGGCAUAAUACCAAAGAACCCCUGUGUACUUGAUUGUUAUUAAUGUUUAAAUUAAGUAACAUUCUUUGUAUGUGUCUUGUGGGUUAAUGUAAAAUAAUUUAACAUUGCAAAAUCAGAGACAAAAAAUGUAAUGUGGCUUAUGGGUAUUGUGUGUGUAAUAACAGUAGUGAAACAUAUUAAUUACAGAGCCAUAUAAUUCAUGACCUUUGACCUUUUAUAAGAGAAUUUUGAAAAAUUCUGUUGCCAUUUUGAAUUGUCUUUAUUCCUCCACCUCAUUUGUUUCAUUUGACCUUAAUUUAGCCCCAGCUUGCUCGCCUUGAGCUUUUAGCAUUUUCAUCCCCAUUCUCAUUUCUGUAAUUUGUUCAUUUUCUCAUGUCAUUAAUGCAUUUGGUUUCUUUCUUUAGUUUUCCUUUCUAAA